CUUCAUCAUUUGAGCUUGAACAAUUGCCGUGUCCAUGACUUUUGUCCUUGGUAUCGAAACGUCUGUUCUCUAGAGCUCCCAAAAUUUGGAGGGGCUUAAAGUGAGGUUAUAACCAAGAUAUAUGAGCACAACUUCUUUUGAAGAAUCAUUGGUAAACUAAUGAUCAAAACCUUCUCAAUAUUCGGCCCUGGGACAUUUAUUUAUGGCAGAGAUUAAAGGCAUAAUCAUCUCAUGGAUAUGGUGCUUUUAAAGGUCAAGAAGGGGCAAGAAAGAUUAGGACCUCUAUCAUAGGUAGGUAAUAAAAAAGACUUAUGAUAAUUUAGGACAACUUAGCAUAGACUUAUUAGUAGACCUUAGAUUCGAUGGUUUUGGCACCUUGGUUUAACAUCAGUGGUUUUCUUGCUCCUGGGGGGAGGUUUGUAGCGUGAUAUAGCUACUAAGUACUCAUUCAUACCUUAUCACUCAGCUUUAGCCAAGAUUAUUCAAGUUUCAACCGCAACCUCAACUCAUCGGAAGCGCAGUCAACAAUGCAGGCAUUCUAGUUCUCCCAACUGAUGAGUUCAUUGGGUACACUAGCCAAGGACUUCCCAAAAUGGCGCUCAGCGACCAUCCAAAAGCCUACGGCACCGCUGCCGUUGUCUUCGCCUUCACAACUGGCAUCCUCGUCACUUUAGGAUUCAAGGACUUUUACCCAGAUCUUGAACGUCGGUUCCAGCGCAAGAGGCGUGCAAACACAGGUGGUGGCCGAAGAUCGAGUCUUUUCUGGGGCGACCCUGUUGAGCUUCAGGAUCAUGAGUCUCAGCCUUCAACACUAGCGUCUUAUGACGUUGUGAGGAAUAGCCUGGUAGACGGUAUAGAAGCUACCAUCGGCAACACACCUCUUAUAAAGAUUCAAUCGUUAUCGAAAGCCACAGGCCGGAUCAUCAUGGCCAAAGCAGAAUUCCUAAAUGGCGCCGGAAAUUCACCCAAGGAUCGUGUUGCACUUAACAUGAUUCGAGAAGCAGAAUCCAAAGGUCUACUAACACCACAUAAGGGCGAUACUAUAUAUGAAGGCACAGUAGGAAGCACGGGUAUCUCACUCGCAACUCUUGCCCGAGCAAUGGGCUACCGCGCUCAUAUCUGUAUGCCUAGCGAUAUGGCUCUCGAAAAGUCUGAUCUACUCCUCCAUCUUGGCGCAACCGUCGAGCGAGUCACUCCCGCGCCUAUCACCAGCCCUGAUCACUUUGUCAACCUUGCUCGAAGGCGUGCGGAAGAACACGCCAGUAAGGCCAAGGAUGGUAGUAAAGGUUUCUUUGCCAACCAGUUUGAGUCUGAGGCCAACUGGAAAGCACAUUUCAAUGCAACGGGUCCCGAGAUUUGGCGGCAGACGAACGGCCAGCUGGACGCUUUCGUCGCUGGAGCUGGUACAGGAGGAACAGUCUCCGGCGUGGCGAAGUAUCUGAAGGAGGAGCAGAAGGCGACUGAUAUAAAAGUCGUCCUCGCCGACCCCCAGGGCAGUGGUCUCUACAACAAAGUCCGCCACGGCGUUAUGUACUCUUCGACAGAACGUGAGGGUACAAGACGUAGGCAGCAGGUUGAUACUAUGGUCGAAGGCAUCGGAAUCACACGUCUGACCGAGAACUUCGAAGCGGGACGUGAACUUAUCGACGAUGCUGUGCGGGUAACGGACACGCAAGCCUGCCGCAUGGCGCGCUGGCUAGUUGAGCACGACGGUAUAUUCAUCGGCAGCAGUAGCUCUGUCAACUGUGUCGCCGCGGUUGAGGCAGCUAUGAGACUUCCAAAGGGGAGUCGUGUCGUUACCAUCCUGUGCGACUCUGGAACUAGACACCUGAGCAAGUUCUGGAAGCACAUCAAAGAGAUGGGACUGGAAAGCGAGGAGGAGGCAACGAAUUUAUUUACUGAGCUAGGGAUACCCGGCCAUGAUGAAUGAGGUGUGAACGAACCGAAAAAGAUGUGUGAGUUUCAUGAAACUAAGUAUAUGUAUAUAAUAGAUUAAUAUUUUCAAUCGACUCUCGACGUUCCUGGUACUUAGAAGACUAAGAGGUAAUUUGGCCUAAGUUUAUUCCUCUUCUUAGGGCAUAAGUUUUCUUGCUCCCCGAGGGAUGUAUAAUUCUAUGCUUUCUAUCGUUAUAGUUUCAUGGAUCCAUAUCAUGACAAGGAAGCCCUUGAAGCUAAGUGGUCAAAGUAUUCAUGUAAUUUGGCUUAAGCUUAGUCUUAUUACCAUAUGCUUAGAGCUAUCUAUACAGGUCCUUGUGGUGGAUGAUCAGUGCAGCUGGAUGCGAUGAGAAUAAGAAUCGAGAAAUGCUGGAAUGUGGGAAGAUGAAGGAGAGGCGGCUGCCAAAGGAGAGUCAAUCACAGUGAAUCACAUCCACACAGCAUUAUUUGCCUUUGAGAUAAGAGAAUGCAAAAGUAAUAUGGCCUAUAGAGGCAUCGUUAGGCUAACUACCGAUCUAAGAUAUUCAGUCCUCAUUUUGUACUAUGGUCGCUGUCAUAAUUCACCAUAGCAAUGUGACCAUAUUCCUCAUCAUCUGUUAGAUUGGACUCAGGUGUCCAGGGUCUUUGUUGUUGCUGAUGAGUAUCGUGUGAG